AUUUUAAAUUGUGAGGUAAUAUUAAAAAAGAAAAAAUAAAAGUAAAAGAGAGCGUAUAAGAUAUUUUGUACCAAAUUCUCAGUUGACAUCACAGUAAAUAAGAUAUAAAAUGGAUCCUGAAUUAAAUCCAACAACAACUAACAACUCACUGAUGUAUCAAGCCAUCGAAGAUGACAAAUUGGAAGAUCUUAAAUUGUUAUUAGAAAAUGGAAUUAAUGUUAAUGAACCGAUAAUCAGAGCUGGAAAAUAUGCUGGAUUCACAGCAUUGCAUAUUGCAUGCAUGAAAAAUAAAGAUGACAUGGUGGAGUUACUAGUUAAUGAUUAUAAAGCAGAUGUCAAUGCAAUGUGUGCUGAUGGGACUCAACCCAUUCAUUUGGCUUGUUUUUAUGCACAAAUAGACUAUAAAGUCAGUUUGUUUGACGAAUACGAAGAAGAAAUAACAGGGAUUAAAACAAUAGAAAUAUUAGUGGAAGCUAAUACAAAUGUUGAUGCUAAAUUCGGACAAGAAAUUUUUUUAAAGCACGUCAAAGACAGAGAAUGGUGUCCCGAUUUUGGUGAAAAAAUGCCACUAGUUGCAUAUGCUGUUAUUUAUUGUAAACCAUGGAUAAUUUCUCUUCUCAAAAAAGUCAACGUAGAUAUUAUAAGCCUUGCAAAUAAAACAUUGCUAAUGUACGCUGUUGAAAGCGAGUGUGAUCGGUACAUUCCAGACAUUAUGUCAAAUGUUGAAGAUCCUGGAUUGAUGGAUAAGUUGAUAAACCACCGCGAUGAUGAUGAUGUACCACUCACUCAUUAUCCACUGCAUCCUAAAAAAUUUGGAAAAUUUCGAUAUCUUAAAAGGUUCGCUGGUACUGGUGGAGUGCAAGUCAACUCAUAUUUUUUUUCUAAGCUAUCAAGUUGGGGAGCUGACAUGUAUGCACUUAUAAACAAUGACCCGGCAACAUUUUUACCCAAUCUAUUAGCUUACAGAAGUUCUACUAUACUGAUGCUGGCUUUGCCUUAUUAUACUUCUAUGUCAUUAUCUAGAGUUUUAUACUACGCCACGCUUCCUAUAGAUGAAAAUUCUGAGCAUUUAAUAAAUACCAAUUCAGAACGUAAGCGACUUAAUUAUCUAAAAUCAAUUAGAAGUGAUCAAAAACGAUGUAUAGCUAUUGUUAUAAAAGAUCUGGUCUUGAGGAGUUUAUUCAGAUCACCUGUUCCAGAACAACAAGUUAAAUUGAUGGAUGAAUUAAUUGCCAGUGACGAAUAUUUCAGGAAGAUUGUUGAUGACUUCAAAAAAGAUUUCAUUGAAAAAGAAUUCCAAGAACGCUUUAUUGAAUUCGGCGAUAAUAAAAUGACAAUGCAUUAUUUUUUAAUGCAAGUUUUUGAUGAUAAAAAAUUAAAAGUUUUGGCGCGAGAAGAGAAUUUACCGGAUGCCCUGGAUAAAGUUAUCAGGCAGAGUAAUAAUAUCCCGAGAUUUUUGUUCUAUGAAAUCUAUCAAAAUCCAAUCAAAAUCAGAAUAAUAAAUGCUAAGGAAAGAUUAAGACUUCUUAAAAAUUUGAAAAAAAUUUCAUCACUUAGAGAAGCUAUACCGUUACCGUUUGAAGUGGUAUUAGAUAUUGUUGAGUAUUUAAACAACAAUCAGUUGAACGCAUUUAUAAGAGCAUUUUAUAGUUCGUAAUUAUAUAUCGAAACCAGUUUUAGUUUUAAAAAAGAAAAUUUAUUUUUCAA